AUGGAUCACUCUCGAGAUCCCUGCCCUUGGGUUGCCUUGUCCGAUUUUGGAGGCGCGUUCUGUAUGGGCGCCCUGGGAGGCACAUUAUGGCACGGCAUCAAGGGAUUCAGAAACUCGCCCUACGGUGAACGAAGGAUAGGCAUGUUAACGGCCAUCAAAGCUCGAGCACCGGUCACAGGAGGCAACUUCGGCGUCUGGGGCGGCAUGUUCAGCACAUUUGACUGCGCGGUCAAGGGAAUCAGAAAGAAGGAAGAUCCAUACAACUCCAUCAUCGCGGGAUUCUUCACGGGCGGCGCCCUCGCGGUUCGAGGAGGCUACAAGGCCGCGAGGAACGGCGCCAUCAUGUGUGCGAUCUUCCUGGCCGUGAUUGAGGGUGUUGGUAUCGGUGUUCAACGAUUAAUGGCCGAGAACACAAGGCUUGAUCUACCUCCUCCUGGAACAGCACCGCCAGAGUCGGGUCGUAUGGCUGCUUGA